UUAACGGGGGUUGGACGUCUCGCUCCAGCCCGCGCACUUCGCUCGGGAAUAUCCGCCAAUUCGAAUUAAGAAUUUUGUUUUUUAGUCGUGCUCUUUUCGCAAACUCGGACUCUGAUUGGACAGUUGCCUCAGGUAAUCUGUGGAAAACUUUUCAGGUCACGUUCAGUGUGUAGUUGUGCCGAUUCUGUCGUUAAUGAAUGUUGACGGUGUUGACAUGUGAGCGUGAUGAGACCAAGAUGCUUGAAGUGGGACUUUAUAUAUCACAAACUCAAUGGCUCCGAACCCCAAAAAACACAAACAGUAAAAAAAUAUUUGUAACGGCCAAAUAACCAUAAAAAACUAAAGGAACUACAACGGAGUGUCAUCUAUGAUCUAAAUGCCUUAUUUAAGAGGAGAUUGCGCUGCUAUACGCAGGCGCCGACUAUGUUCGACUCGACUAAAGGUGCCUUGCUCAUAGCACCAUCUCUCUCUAACAGCUCCUGUUGGCUCAACGGCAAAGGCUGGCCGUCCACAUUCCCUGCCCCGGCAGAUAUUCUGAAGGCCUUCUUCAUAUUCGCAUUGUCUAUGGCUAUUGUUUUUGGUAAUCUCGUGCUGAUUUGUGUGCUAAAUAAUAGAAGAUACAUCAAGUACAUCGAUAAUCAGCCAAGAUAUCUGCUAACUUCGCUGGCAUUAAACGACCUGUUUACUGGGAUCCUCGUGGCGCCCGUGGCCCUUUUGCCUGCCCUUUACAAGUGCUGGCCGUACGGGGAGAUAUUCUGUCAAAUACAGGCACUUUUACGAGGUGCAGUGAGUCAACAAAGCGCCAUCAUAUUAGUCUGCAUGGCCAUUGACAGAUAUUUGUAUUUACUACAUCCAAACACUUAUCACAAACACUCCAGUAAAAAGGGUUGCGUGUUAGUAAUAAGUAUAACCUGGAUAUUAUCGGUAUCGUUGUUCGCUAUAAUGGUGCUUCCUCGCUCUGGCUAUUACUUCAACUCGACCGGUUUGAUGGCCUGCGAUGUUUUUCAUAGCAGAGUGGCGUUCAGGAUAUUGUCAUGUUGUGCCUACUACUUUCCCACGACUAUGGCUCUGAUGUACUGCUACGGGUCUGGAUUCCACGUCAGCAAGACAAGAAGCAAGUGUGACCCGGAGCCUAUUAGACCUAAUGGCGUUCCAAUUCCUUGCGCCAAAACUUCCCAUGUUGACCAUGAUGUUGUGCAUCAAAUCCCAGUCCCAGUUAGACCACACAGCGUGAGUACGUCACGCACUAUGGCAGCCAUGUCCUUGGGCUUUAUAGUAAUGGUCACUCCUGCUACUAUCCAAGAAGUGGUAGCAGCAUGUACUGGUUGUAAAGUGCCACCAUCUCUGGACUUCAUAGUAACAUGGUUAGCAUUGAGCAACAGCUUCUGGAACCCAUUUCUGUACUGGUUACUCAAUAGUCAUUUCAGAAGAAUCAGCAACGAACUCCUACAAUAUUAUGUUUGCUGUCGAAGAGUUAAAACAUUACAUAGCUACGACAAACCCACCGGAUGCUGCGGAUCACCAGUUACAUCUGAUGGCAUACAUUCCAAAGGAGAAUUUGAAGGUUUAGGAGAAAAAUAUUGGGGAGAAAUAUUAGAACGCACAGUAUCAUCCACAUCGCUGCAUGCUAUUCAGAAGGCUUGUCAACGGGAUCCAUUACGCUAUUCAGGAUCUUUUAAAGGCUGUCCAAGUGGAACAUGCAAGCAGGAUCCUAGACUAUUUGAUGGUUAUGGGCCAACCGAUUACAGACAUUUGGAUAGAGCUGCAUUUCAAAUAGAGUCCUGUUCACGACAAUGUAGAAUGAAGAAUUCAGACUUUUGUCUCUUCAGGCCUAGUCCGGGAUUUGAAUGUGGACGAUCAAGAUCUAAUUUAAGUUUGGAUGAAAGCAACUUCAAUAAGAGCUGUAAUGGUAGACAUCCAGAGUUGUGAGAGUUCCGAAACUGUCCGGUUUUCGGGCACAGAAGCAAUAGUAUAGGGAUGUAUCCAGGGGUUGAACACUUUAAUUCAAAUAUUAAGUGGAAGUUUGAUGAUUCGCGUGUAGAUGAUGAUAUGCAAACCCUGGAACAUA